GGAGCAACACCACUGCCCCAACCAUGCCAAUCAACUCAUUGUCAUGCCAUGGAUAAGACUUACUCUUUGAUACGUUCUAGAAUGGAUCAACUGGGUAUAUAAAGGGUGUGAGUGAUGCUCCACAGCUGAACAAAGUCUGAUUGUCCAAGGCAGUCCUUCCCACUAUGAGCCAGCCUUCCUGAACUGUUUGGGGGAAAAUAUUGCUGCCCUUUUGUGUGUUGAGUAAGUCAUUAAACCUGACUUAGUCAUUGCAAUUAGUCAAAGAUUAAAUUACAUUAGCUAGCCAGGGGAAAACCAAGAGAGGAAACAGUUUUUUCCCCCUAGUACCACUCUCAGGCCAUUCCGAAGUCAUGGCUGACCACAACAAGGUAUUACCGCGUCCUCUUUUCCGCCGAGAUGUAAACUGGGAUCCUUUCCGUGAGUGGACACAGCCUAGCCGCAUGAUCAUGGAGCAGGACUUUGGCCUCCCUCCUUUCCUGGAUCCAGGCGAUGUGAGCUGGAUAGACUGGGCUAGGAGGAGACUGGCAUCAUCCUCCUGGCCAGGGUACACACGCCAUCCCCUCUUCACCCCCAGCACUGCUCUCCCUGCUGCAGUGGCACCCCAGACCGCAGCCAGACUUCAGAGACAACUGUCUGGAGGAGUGUCAGAGAUCAGGACAGGACAGGACAGCUGGAGGAUCACACUGGAUGUCAAUCACUUUUCACCAGAGGAGAUAUCAAUCAAAACCAAGGGAGGCUUCCUGGAGAUUACAGGUCAACACGAAGAAAGGGAGGACGAGCAUGGAUCAGUCUCAAGGUGCUUUACAAGAAAAUACAAGCUGCCCCCUGGUGUGGACUUGCAGCACGUCAGCUCAUCUCUGUCUGGUGAAGGGAUUCUCUUGGUAGAAGCACCCCUCCCAGGCUUAACUACCACCAUCCUCCCCAGUGACAUGGUCAUCCCCAUUCAGAUCAAGCACGAGUGUGAGGGGAAAGAGUGAAUCCAGUGAUCCAUUACAACUAGAUGUAAAGCUUGGGGUAGAGCUUUAAAGCUGAUGUCGGCGUUGAUAACUUUUGACAACAUUCUUUUGAAUUAAGCCUUGGUCAUUUAUGAUGACAAACAUAGUGGCUUCUAUUGCUAUUGAAACACCAUCACUUUAUUUACUCUCACUCGAACUACACGUGUGGCAUGUUUUUCUAUGUAUUAUGUUAAAUCAUUUCCCGCAAAGACUAGCAAAACCAAGAUAAAGUGAAAAAUCAAGACUGUUGAAAUGUACUUUCUCAUUUGUCAAAUGAUAGAUCAUCUGGGAGUCAACAUGACCACGCUUAAUAAAGCUGUUCUUAAUAAAGAUGUUCAUGACUGUUAAUAAAACAGUUCUGCAAGGCA